UUUUAAUCUAAUCAACUAUCGCUCUCCUGGGUUCCAUUUUGACGGACGAAACACCUUUGUUAUAGUUGAACCUCCGUAUUGAUGUCAAGAUCUCCUAUAUGGCCAGUGAUGGUCUCGGUCGUAGCUAUGGACAAGCGGGAAUCUACGGCAAUGCAACACGAGCACCGGUAUCAAUUCAUCCACCUCUUUUAACGGUUCUCGAUUCGUCUUCAAGAAAGCAUAUUCCGAAUGUGGAGCUUAGGCGGCAGCGCUGUGCACCCGACAUCUUUAUUCCUUUGGCAAAAGGUGUAACCAACUCGGACGGGAGAUGUCCAGACCGUCUUCCGCCUCUGGAGAUCUCAGAAGAAACGAGACGUCUGCUCAUUGCUGGGUCAUACAAGGUAAUUUUCAGGAUCAAGGAAUAUUUCGAGAGCAAAGGACAGAAGUGCUUUUACCCAUGGGUCGAGAUAACAUUCAAUCUCGAAAAUCCUGCAGAAAAUUAUCACAUUCCUCUUCUCAUUAGCCCCUACUCCUUUACAACAUACCGUGGCAGCUCAGCGUGCUGAGCCCAACGUCGAUUCAUGAAUAAAUGUACUGUAUUACUAGGCUAGCCAAAAUGAAUCAGUUCCAAAAGGUCUGAAAA